CUAUCGAGUAAAUAAAACAAAUAUCUGGCUCGUGUCAAAACAUGUGCUCUCUUCCCAACUUCAAAUAACGUUUAGAUCUUCAAAUUGUGUUAAUUCACUUGAUCAUUUAGACAGGAACUAUCACGAAUAAACAAUGUCAGAGAAGAAAGGCAGCGUUCAAGACAUUGUGGAACUUGAUGUCACAAAAGAUGGUGAUGUAUGCAACGAAGAAGAGUUACACAGUCUUUACCAACAAACAUACUAUUGUGCAGCUCGCAAAGCUGUUGGGCUUGAAAAACUUUACAUACUUCAUAUAGACUGUGAUUGGAAAUCAAAUCAGUUAGCAGCUGCAUUGUCGAACAAUUCCAUUCAUCUCACAUCCACAGACACUUUAGAAAAAAUUUCCACUUUCAUUGCUCAUGACCAGAAUAUAAGUGAUGUUCAUUUCAAUCCGAUUGAUCCCAACUUUCUUUUAAGUGCAUCUAGUGAUGGCACCAUUAGAGUUUGGGAUAUAAGAAACCCCCGAAGUCAUGCACAAGAAUUCAAAGAUGAUUCUGAUCAAAGGAUAAAACCCUUUUCAUCUUUUGACAUAAACUGUGAUGGGACAUUGUUAUGUGGGGGUACAGAGAAAGUAAAAAAUGACACCUACUUGUUUUUGUGGGAUACAAGAUCUUCAAAGAUUUUAUCAACUUAUUCAGAUUUCCAUGAAGAUGAUAUAUCCCAUGUCCAAUUUCACCAUACAUCACCAAAAAUGCUAGCUUCAUGUUCAACAGAUUGCCUGAUCAAUGUCUAUGAUUUAAAUGAAACAGAUGAAGAUGAUGUUUUACAAUUUUGCAUGAACACAGAAACAACAUGUGAGAGACUGCAGUGGCUUGAUUACAACAAAGUUACCAAACAAGAAAACAUUUCCGUUAUUACCAAUACAGAGAGUGUUCAAAUUUGGGAUGUUAAUGAAGCAUCUCCGAAGUAUUCCUUUACACGGGAAAAAAUAUCGAAAGCACUCAAGAGGAAAAAUGCAGAAACAUGCUUCGCUGUUCGGUGUUUCCGACAAGGAGAAGAGAAAGAUCCUUUAUUAUUGGCUGGUUCAAAUACGCCCAACAGAGGUUGUCUCAGAAUGCUGAAAAUGAGAGAUGGAAAACUUGAGCCAUACGCAAUCCUUUAUGACGAAAAAGGCGGAAAUUCCCAAAUGAUUCGUAGCGCCGUGUUCAAUCAAGCCAACGGCCAGGUUGUAUCGGGUGGCGAGGACGGAAUAAUUAACGUGUGGAUGCCGGGAAAAGAUAAGCCCGUAACCAGCGGCACUUCAAGAAAAUUCAAGACAGAAUUCUUUACGAAGAAAGCUGUUUCUCCGAGCAAAAAGCCUUACUCAAAGUAAAGAUUCAAUACAAAAAGUGUGCCAUUCA